AUGCCAUCACUGCACCAGUAUGUGGAUAUUCCCACGAGGAAGCAAAACACGCUGGAUCUGUGUUACGGGAACAUUUCUGAUGCGUUUGUAGCUCGGGCGCACGCACCACUCGGCUUCUCCGACCACAAUGUUGUUUUGAUCCCGCACUACCUGACGGGGCUGAAACGCGCUAAGCCAACCAUCCACAGUGCCAGCGUGUGGUCGGAGGAUGCAAUUGCGCAGCUUCAGGGAUGCCUGGCGUGCACUGAUUGGGAUGUAUUUCAAGGGGACCUGGAUAACAAGUCGACCGCUCUGCCGUCUGUGAAGAGCUGCUCAGUGCCCUGCCCCUGGACUCCCCAUCACAGCCCCCAUUUACGGAGGGGGAUGUACACCUACAACUUAGCAGAAAACAGUGCAGUCCGUGGGGAGGAGGGAUGCAGCGGAGGAGGCUUCAUGAUUAAGAAAUGCAACAUCACACAGCAAGCUUUAAACGUGAAUAAGAGUUCACAGGAAAGGGAGAGCGUUGAGUAA